UAGUGACAUCACGAGAUCCCGCCUGUAAAAAUCCUCAGCAUCCAAGAGAAAACAGGAAUAAAAAUAAAGGCACACGAAGGGCAUGAAGGAUGUUGAGCGUCGCGUUUCACCGCCACCGCGUGAAGACACACAAAUAAUUAAACGAUUAGAAGAAAACGAGCAAACAGAACGACAUUAAAAUACAGCGAGGGAAAAAAAGAGAAAGAGAGACACCGAGGGAGAGAGAGAGAGAAAGACAUCCUUCCAUAGCAUCGUCCUCGAGCGCCGAUCAUCCAGAGGGACGCGGCGCUGCCAUGGAAUUAAAGAAAUCCAUCUCGGAGACGGAGCGGACCCUGAGGAGCUACGGCGCCCUGCUGCAGACAGAGAGGAGAGCGGACACAGGGCUGCAGGACGUGGUGUCCAUGGCCGAGUCUUCCGUGACACCAGAGGAGAUCGAGGUGGAGAUGGCACGAAUCCAGCGGCUGAGGGAGGUCCUCGUGCGCCGGGAGUCAGAGCUGCGGUUUAUGAUGGACGAUAUCCAGCUAUGCAAAGACAUCAUGGCCUUGAAGCAGGAGCUUCGGAAGAUUGUGGCCAUCCCAGAGAAAGAGAAAACAAAGAAGCACAAGCAAAGGGAGGAGGAACUGAUCCUCACAAUCCACAAACUUGUCCAGAAGCGGGACUUUCUGGUGGAAGAUGCGGAGGUGGAGCGGCUAAGGGAAAGAGAAGAGGAUAAAGAAAUGGAUGAGUUUCUGAAGUGUAAGCUGAUACCUCUGGAGAAAUUAACCAAAGCGACAGAAGGCUCUCCAAAAAAGAAGAAGGCAACACCUGACCCUCCUGCCAACAAGCCCUCCAUUGCCAAGACGGGAGCUGCUCUCAUCAAGGACUGCUGUGGGGCCACACAAUGCAGUGUCAUGUAGCCACGUCGUGCCACAGGCCGGCCGGCAUCUGCAAAGGCAGAGGGUCGUGACCAGAUUCGGGGGGUGGGGUGGGGGGAGGUUGGGGUGGUUCAAGUGGUGAUAGCCUGAUCCCUGAGAGAUACCUCAUUUCCACUUGAAUUGUGCCAAGUCAGACUAACUCCACAACACCCACUGUGGCCAUAUUCAUUUCUAGCACAGUUAAAUAAGGCCUGAGCGGUACCCAGCUUGCCAGCGUGUGAGGUUGGGUGCCACACAGCUUUAGGUUUUAUUGUAGUUGUCCCUCUUAAGCGGUUUGCAUGUUUUAGGGUGCUCAGUAACGUACAAAAGGGGGAGGGGCCAACAUUCGACAGGGUAAAGUGGGCGUGAUCCACAAAGCAGACCCCGCCCCCCAUGAAGGGUCAGAAUGGACAGCUGCUUUAUAGAGUGACCUGGCUCGGUGCGGACACUGGUGGCCAUUUACUGUAGGUAGGCAUUUGGGCACCAGCAUCCACUUACCAUAUCUUAAGGUAUAGAAGAGCAGCUUCUCUGAAAUCAUGCAGGCUUACCAGUUUUAUUUUAAGGAAAACCACAAUUUCUGCCAAAUCUGCACCCCAAUUUUUUAUUUAUUUAUUUUUUUGAUCAAUCGAAAGCCAAUUUAAAACAAUUUAAUAUAACAACUCUGUACUCGGUGCCCACCCCAAACCCCUCCAACAACCCGGCAAACUUGUGGGGUAUCGGUGAACAGAAAAAUGGAGCUCCUGACAAGUGAGAAGCAGGAGGCAAAUACGGACCAGGACCAAAUAUCUGACCAACUGGCAAUGUGGACACCCAUCGAACUUCAUCGCCAAGAGUAACACAUGGGUCAAAUUUAAAUAUGGACAGACAGCAAAAGGGAAACGGCACUAAAAGAUUUCCAGCGAGAGGCAAGGCCAACGUUUGCAUUAUUUGUCUCCAAGGCAACAGGCGUCAGCUGGAAAAAUGGGGCGAAGAAACGUCAAGUGGUAAAGCGGUUAGUGGAGAGAACUGGCACGUUCCAGGGUCAAUGUUCAUUUCUGAAAUUCCCUCCAGUCUCACCAUGAAAGAAGUUGUUGGUGCCACUCAAGGAUUGGGUACCAAAGUCACUUCUGAUGGCGUGAACUGGGGUUUGAGCCAAUCUUUCGCAGCUCUAUUUUAUACAGGAAGGAGAAGCCCAAAGGGCUGAACCCGGAAUUUUUCUCCCUCCGUGCCAGCUCGUGCUCCAUUAUCUCCUCCACAACUUUCCCAUCAGAGGGAGUGCAAAACACUGAAGGAGAAUUUGAACAAAAAAAGGUGACACUCACCCAAGUCUCAUUUCGUGGUGGGUGGUCACAGGCAUCUGAGAUGAUUUUUUCACUCUCCACUUCCACAGGUGUGACAUUCUACCGGACCUCAGGACCCUCUACUGGGCCUCCAGCAUUCCUUCAAUGGCUGAGUGGGGGCAGCAGUCAGGGUGGGCACUUUUCUUUACAACAGAAAUGCGGACAGGCCGAGUGCAGAUCAUGGUAGGUCCCAGGAUGCAUGUGGUCUUCAGCUUUGAAGAGGGGGAUUGUGUUCAGGCAACACAUUUCUGCUAAAAGGAGAGAGAACUGGAGACUCAGGGAAAACAAAAAAAAGAUUAUUUUUAAGCACAAAAAUAAAAUAAAAUUAGGUGAGGGGACAAACUACAACUAGUGGCGGAGUAUUAUUUGGCAGGAGAGGCGGACACAUAUGAGGGGGGACCCAAAAAAAAUGAGACUUUUUCAAAAGCAAUCAUUUUUAUUUAAAAUUAUUAAAAAAAAAUGUACUAGUCUCCUUUGAAGUCCUCCCCAUUGGAAGACACACACUUACUCAAUCUCCUUUUCCACUGAUCCAAACCUUUUUGGAAGUCCUGAACUGGGAUGCUAUUUAGCGUUGUCGUCGAAGCUGUGAUCAUGUCCUCCACACUGUUAAAUCGGCGCCCUUUCAAGUCCCUUUUCAAGAAAAAGUCACGGGGGGCCAAGUCCGAUGAGUUAGGGGUGGUGGGGCACGAGUGUCAUGCCCUGACUGAUCAAAAACUGGCGAAUUCGCAACGCUGUAUGUGCCGCUGGGGCAUUGUCAUGGUGAAGGAGCCAUUCGCCCGACUGCUACAAUUCCGGCCUUGUCCUCCGCACUCUCUCUCAGUUGUCUUAAGACAUCCAGAUAGUAAUACUCUCUGUUGACCGUCUGACCCCUUGGAAUGAAUUCCUUGUGCACAAUGCCAGGUGACUUUCAAGCUCCAUUUUCAAGUCUUUGCACACAUUGAGUCGAGUCUUCUGCUGGUCAUCUGUUAGCAAACAGAAGGGGGCAGAUUUGGCCGAAACACACCUCAUGCCCAGGUCUUCAGUCAAAAUUUGCUGAACUGAGCUCCAUCUUACUGCUGUAGCUUCUGACAACUCGUCAAUUAUGUAACGAUGGUUUUCAUGUAUUUUUUCGCAGAAUUUUUGCAAUGUUUUCAUCGUUCUGGCUGCUUGAAGGGCGUCCAAAACGGGGUUGAUCCUCAAUGCUUAAAUUUCCAUUUUUAAAGCGUGAAAAACAAUCAAAAACUCUCGCCCGACUCGGAGCUUCUUCCUUGAAAGUAAUCUGAGCCAUUUGGAACGAUUCCGUUGGUGUUUUGCCAAGUAGAAAACAAAGAACUUGUUUGAAAUUUUGUCAACAUCACAAUUUCGACAGGGUCGUGAGGAACGGCUUCUAAAAACAAUGACUGCGUGACACGUGAGAUCAUUUCACAGAGGCAUCCGCCUGGCGAGGGAUGACAGAACAAGCACCAAUCUUAGCUUCAACUCCCUCCACUCACCGUCCAGCCACACGGAGGAGGCCAGUCUCGUUUCUUUUUGGUUCCCCCCCCCCUCGAAAAUGAGGAUUCGUUUGUGUGAUACCAAUUAUUAAGCAGUUUGAGGUUACUUUUAUACAGCUGUUAGCAAUAAAAAAAAAAUUUGGGAGACUGUGAAACAAAAUGUGGGACAAAAAGGAACGACAACCUUCAAAUCAUUUGGAAAUGAGGUACCCGACACCCCUUCUCCCCUGCCAGUAGGACUGCUCCUUGUACCUUUGUUUUCAGUUUACUCGAUCGCUCUGCAUUCUUAGGCGGUGUUUGCUUGCCCACGUGGGACUUUGCAUGCAUGACAUUCCCCCCCCCCCCCCCCCCUCACCCACACUGAAGCAACACCCAUGAGCUGUGGGCAUCUUCUAUUAGAGAAGCGAGGUUCCAAUGUCGCAGACGAAUGGCCACUGGGUCUGAAAAUGGUGAGAGACUGCAUGGGGCUUCCCACCUCUACCUGUAGAUCGUGAUUGGUAGCAGCAAUAGUGAGCCCUGCCACAAACUCCUCCGCCCCCCCUUUUAUGAGUGCUCUCGUUUAAAAACAACACAUGCACAUUACUGCAGUUCUAUUACCUUGAGAAUUCUGGAGUAUCUGUGAUGUUGCUGAACCCUCUUAACCCCGAUGGCUUAACGUCGGAUGUGUCCGUUUUUGUUAUAAAAUAAACUUGGAUUUUGCUCCAUGUC